AUAGCUCGGUACUGGUCAAGACAAUUUUUUAGUCGCACCCAAUCACCUUACUUUCCUCCCCGCACCCCAUUCCCUUUAAUAAUGUCCUCAUCUCCCAUGGAUAUAUAUCAACAUCCACAACUAUACACUAAAGGGAUAUGUCAAAGCCGUCUGUUGAAUACAAGGCUGAUAUUUUAUAUAUAUAGAUAGAUAGAUACACACAUACAUAGCAUAGUCCCAAAACAAUGGCAGGCCUCAACUCUAUGCGCUUCCUCUCCGUUUUUGUCCUUUACGCCAUCGCCAUGACUUGUGUCACUGCUUCGCCGCCGGUAAAGGGUACCUACUGGCCUUCAUGGGAUGAGAGUUUUCCGCCAUCCGCCAUCGACACGUCGUUGUUCACCCACGUCUACUAUGCAUUUGCCUCGCCAAACAAUGUGACAUUCAAGUUCGAUAUCUCGAAUUCUACUGGGAUCUCCCUCUUGGACUUCACCUCGACGCUGCACCGGAAAAAGCCGUCGCUGAAAGCUCUCCUCUCCAUCGGUGGUGGAGGCGCUGGUGGACAACUCUUUGCCCGCAUGGCCUCAAAGGUUUCCACAAGGGCGAGCUUCAUCAAGUCAACCGUAGAAGUUGCACGCAAAUAUGGGUUUGAUGGGCUGGACCUUGAUUGGGAGUUCCCUGAAAGUCCAAAAGAAAUGGAGGACUGGGGCCACUUGCUACAAGAGUGGAGGGCUGAGGUCAAGAAGGAGGCCAAGCUAAAGGGCCGGGCCCCUCUCUUAAUUACAGCUGCCACGUAUUUCUCAGUGGACUUCUUUGCAUAUGGGGACUAUCGCAAGUAUCAGGUGGGCUCGGCUGGAAAAAACUUGGACCUGAUCAACUUGAUGUGCUACGAUUAUCGUGGGUCGUGGGACACUUCUGCAACGGGGGCCCAAGCAGCAUUGUUCGACCCAAAUAGUAAUAUAAGCACGAGUUAUGGGGUGAAGUCAUGGAUCAAAGCCGGGGUGCCUAGGAGCAAGUUGGUUAUGGGGCUGCCACUGUAUGGCCGGACAUGGAAGCUCAAGGAUCCUACACAACAUGGGAUCGGAGCACCGGCCGUCGAUGUGGGUCCGGGUGAUGAAGGGGUACUGUAUUUUUCACAGGUGGAGACUUUUAAUAAAGAGAACAAAGCCACCGUGGUGUAUGAUGCGCGUACGGUAUCAACUUAUUCUUAUGCAGGGACUUCUUGGAUUGGAUAUGAUGAUACCAGAUCAACUACGGUGAAAAUAGGGUUUGCUCGGGCGCUUGGACUUCGUGGCUAUUUCUUUUGGGCUGUCAAUUAUGACAGCAAAUGGAAGAUCUCAAGACAAGCUUCCAAGGCGUGGAGUCUUUAAGGAUGGAGUGACAAAAGGGGAGGAUUCAUCUGCAUUUGCCUCGCGCUUAUACCACUUUGGGAGAUUCCAUCUCUCUUUGAGCAUCAAUUAUGUCAUGGGCAGAACAAUGUACUAAACCCAUCCAAAACCCCUCUAUUAAAUCAUUGAAUUGGGGAAAAUAAAGAGGAUGUUUAUGUA